CAUACUGUAGAUCAUCCGCAUCGCCACCGACACUUCCUGCUGCGUCGGCCCGCUUACCUGACAUGCAGGAACUACUGGCCUUCCUCCAGGAUCCGGAGCUGGUGGCCCGGUUCCAGAGACGAUGCGGGCUGUACCUGGCAGAAGGGUUGACCCGCGACCAUGACAAGACCCGACCUGCGAACGGAGCUCCGAUCACCGGGGAGAAAACACUUGGGCACAUGGAUGGAAGCUGGGACCAUCAGGACGGAAACAUCAACUAUAGAUAUAAGCAGGAUUCAGUUCCUGUUGAGGACUGCAGGAAGCCUCGGUAUGAGGUAAGGAACAGGCUGCUCCAUUACCUCUUCCUGUUAUCGGCUGGUCUAGGUCAUGAAGUGUUUUACAUCACCUGCCUGCCCUGGAUACACUGGAAUCUGGAUCCGUUCCUCUGCCGCCGCCUCGUCAAUAUGUGGACUAUAGUGAUGUACAUUGGCCAGGUGAUGAAGGACCUUCUGAAGCUUCCUCGCCCUCCCUCCCCGCCAGUGGUCAAGCUUGAGACACGUGUGGACGCGGAGUAUGGACUGCCAUCCACCCACGCCAUGGCCGCCACUGCCAUCUCCUUCACACUUUUACUGAGCGCCCCCUCCAGAGUACAGUUCUGCUUCCAGAUCGGCCUGCUGAUUGCUGCGACGACUUCAUCUUUGGUGUCUCUGAGCCGGCUCUAUACAGGCAUGCACUCAGUUCUGGAUGUGGUUUGUGGUGUUUUGAUCACUGCAGUCCUGAUUCUGCUCACCUACCCUUACUGGGAAUCCUUUGACAGCUUCCAGCUGACCAGCCCCCUGUCCCCCAUCAUUGCACUGUCACUGCUGCUCUUCCUAAGCUACACGUACCCAGAGCUGGACUACUACAGCACCACACGGGGAGACACCACCACCAUUCUCGGGGUGUGCGCUGGUUGCUCGGUGGGAUACUGGGUCAACGCGCAGCUGGGCCACACCUUUGAGCCUCAGGGGUUGUUACCUGUUCCUCUGCCCACACUGACAGCGCUGUCUGUGGCAAGAAGUGCUGGACGCAGCUUGGUUGGAGUUGCCACCCUGGUGGGGACUCGGCAGAUAGUGAAAAAACUGAGUUUGGAUCUGUUAUAUUCUUGGUACAAUGUUCUGAAAACAGAUCCAAAUGCCAGGAGGAGAAAGGAGAUAGAAGUACCAUCCAAGUUUGUCACAUACACAGCUGUUGGACUGGUUAACUCUAUAUUGGUCAACAGAUUAUUUGUUCUACUUGGGCUUCUAUGACCAUUUGGCAUCCAGUGAGACUGAUGUGUAACUAUCUCAACAAUGAACCUCAUAUUUACAGGUCCUUCUCAAAACAUUAGCAUAUUGUGAUAAAGUUCAUUAUUUUCCAUAAUGUCAUGAUGAAAAUGUAAC